GCUUGAUAAAAUAGGGAUUUGUCAUCCAACGGAUGGCCCGUUUUGACGUCAAUAACCAGAUUGGGUGUCAGGUUGCCUGCACAAAACCCUGCUCCCUGACCCAGAAACACACUUAGCAUGUCCUUUUCCACAGCCAGGCUGUGUCAACACCACAGAGAUGGACAUUCGCAAGUGUCGGCGAGAGAGGAAUCCACACAGGGUAAAGAAGUCCGUGUACGGAGUGUCGGACGAGAACCAGAGCCAGCCCAGUCCGGCCCACAUCCCCUCGCAGCCCACUCGGAAGCCCACCAAAGAGGACGUUCAGAAGGAGAUCACCUUCCUCAACAUCCAGCUGGACAGGCACUGUCUCAAGGUGUCCAAGGUGGCCGACAGCCUCAUGGGCUACACGGAGCAGUUCCAGGAGUACGACCCCUUCGUGUCCCUCACCGAGCCCUCCAACCCCUGGAUCAGCGACGACUCCUCCUUCUGGGACCUGGAGGCCAGCAAGGACCCCAGCCAGCAGCGGGUGAAGAGGUGGGGCUUCUCCCUGGAGGAGGCACUCAAGGACCCAGUGGGGCGGGACCAGUUCCUGAAGUUCCUGGAGUCAGAGUUCAGCUCAGAGAACCUCAGGUUCUGGUUGGCGGUGCAGGAGCUGAAGCGCCGACCCCUGCAGGAGGUGGCCUCGCGGGCCCAGGAGAUCUGGCAGGAGUUCCUGGCCGAGGGCGCCCCCAGCUCCAUCAACCUGGACUCCCACAGCUACGAGCGCACCAGCCAGAACCUCAAGGACCCCGGCCGCUACAGCUUCGAGGACGCACAGGAGCACAUCUUUAAGCUAAUGAAAAGUGACAGCUAUGCACGCUUCUUGCGAUCCAACAUCUACCAAGACCUCCUGCUCGCCAGGAAAAAGCAGCAGCCGGCCGACACAGAGCAGGGCCGCCGCACCUCCCUAGAGAAGUUCACCCGCAGUGUGGGCAAGUCGUUGACGGGGAAGCGUCUGACGGGCCUGAUGCAGUCGUCCUGACACAGCCGGGGUCGGAGGGGGGCGGGCGGCCCCCCGCCGACGGGUCACCGCUGCCGGAU